AUGUCAACUGUAUUGCAACAUCAGUUGCAAGUAGGAGCUUCGCUGACCUUGGGUGCUAUCUCCUUGUACUACAUUUACAAGCGCCUUGCCAGUCAUGUUGCCGAUGACAGGGUCCAUCAUCUCAACAAGACAGUCAAAAGUGACAUAGGAAGUACAGACACCUCAGAUGCCUGGCUUGAGAGAGCGAAGCUGCUCAUCGGAGAUAGUGGCAUCCAGAACUUGAAAGACGCUCAUGUUCUUGUCGUUGGAAUGGGUGGAGUUGGAAGUUUUGCAGCGGAAUUUCUGGUUCGAGCAGGAGUUGGAAAACUUACCAUCAUAGACGGAGAUGACGUCGACCCGACGAAUCGUAACAGACAGCUCUGUGCGCUUGUCUCCACCCAUCACAAGUACAAGGCACCAGCUCUUAUCUCACACGUGGACGUGAUGAAGGAAAGGCUGCUAGACGUCAACCCGGCCGUCAAGAUCGAAGGCACAAUAUUGACUGCACGCAAGGGGAGUCGAAGUGACUUGCAAGCAGCUCUGGCCAAGUUCUUAGAAUGCGAGGAGUGCUUGACUCUGAUCGAGAGCGGCGGGUUCGACUACGUCGUGGACUGUAUCGACAGCCUCCAGCCAAAGUUGCACCUGAUGCAUGCGGCCCUCAAGAGCUGUGUGCCGAUCGUGAGCUCCAUGGGAGCUGGCGGCAAGGUGGACCCAUCCAAGGUGGACCUAGCGGACAUCUCGAAGACUGACAUGGACCCGUUCGCUAAGUUCAUACGAAAGAGACUGCGCAGGCAGUUUGGGAUUUUGAGCGGAGUUGCCUGCGUGUUCUCGACGGAGAAACCAGACCCGAAUUCAAUCAAAGUCACUGACGGCUCGCGGUACAAGAAAUCUUACUACGGCACUAUCUCUUACUUGCCCGCCGUCUUCGGCAUCCAUGCCGCGUCUCUCGUCAUAAGAGAGCUGGGGUACAAGAAGAAGAUCGUCUACACCAAGACAAAGCGACAUCUGCUCAAACAGGGAAGAUCCGCAGCCUACAACUCCGACUUCCUCACACGUCAGCGAGGAGAGCAGGAGGGAGAGCAGGACGAUGACGAGGAUGAGCCUUAG